AGGUUGACCCAUAUUCUGCCGCCAUGGAUCUGCUCUUUGGACGCCGGAAGACCCCGGAAGAGUUGCUCAGGCAAAAUCAGCGGGCCUUGAACCGCGCCAUGCGAGAGCUGGACCGCGAGCGCCAGAAGCUGGAAGGCCAGGAGAAAAAGAUCAUUGCUGACAUCAAGAAGAUGGCGAAGCAGGGGCAGAUGGAUGCGGUAAAGAUCAUGGCUAAAGAUCUGGUGCGGACGAGGCGUUACGUCAAAAAAUUCAUCAUGAUGAGGGCAAACAUCCAGGCGGUGUCCCUCAAAAUCCAGACCCUCAAGUCAAACAAUUCCAUGGCUCAGGCAAUGAAAGGCGUCACUAAAGCCAUGGCCACCAUGAACCGACAGCUGAAGCUACCCCAGAUCCAGAAGAUCAUGAUGGAGUUCGAGAAGCAGUCGGAAAUCAUGGACAUGAAGGAGGAGAUGAUGAAUGAUGCCAUUGAUGAUGCCAUGGGGGAUGAGGAGGACGAGGAGGAAAGCGAUGCUGUGGUCUCUCAGGUGCUGGACGAACUGGGUCUGACGUUGACAGAUGAGCUGUCUAACCUGCCUUCAACUGGCGGUUCCUUGAGCGUGGCCGGCGGCAAGAAGGCCGAGGCCUCGGCAGCUCUUGCCGAUGCGGACGCCGACCUGGAGGAGCGGUUGAAGAACCUGCGGCGGGACUAGUGGGCACGGAGCUGGGCU